CGUUUCCGUCAUUACCUGACGCUUGAGUUCUUAUCUUUGGCCUUUUAACAGCUCGCUUCUCGCUAUCGCAACGCUUCUCAGGACCUCGUACUUUCAACAUUCUCACGCAGGUCGUGUAUAUACAUACUUUUUUUAUUCUCAUAUCUGGCAAAUCAGGCAACGAUAUUACCACCAUACAAUCCAUCUAUUCUAUUCGAGUCCCUCCGAUAUCCAACUAGCCUCACCCAUACGGAAAUGCGAUUCAUCAACUUUGCUACAGUGCUGGCAUAUGUGGCUGGGCACGUCGGUGGUCACUCUUGGGCUGAACAGGAUGUCGUCAUUGACGAUAACGGCAACUACGUCGGCAAAUUUGGGUACAUGCGAUCAUACAUGGCUCGGACCGACCCAGGCUGGGACCCCCUCAAGGUACAAAAUCUUGUGGCCAACGGUCCAAAUCAACGCAUCAGCGACUCCUCGUUGGUGUGCAAGGACACACAGCAAACUCCCCAGUACAGUGACCAGUAUCCGAAACUGAAAGCGGCGCCGGGCAACUAUGUUGCAAUAAGGUACCAGGAGAACGGGCAUACGACUUUCGCCGACUUGAAACUGUUGGAGAACAAAGUAAACGGUUCUGCGGUAUGGGUCUACGGUACUGCCGACCCUAAAGAGGGGGAAACCUUUGGAGAUGUGCUUGCGUGGACCAGCGAUGGUAGCGGCGGCGACAAGAGAGGCAAACUGCUCACGGUAGCAGAUUUCGACGACAAGAGAUGUCAUGAGGUCAGCGACAAGCCAGUCUCCGUCCAGCGACAAAAGGAUUUCCCAAACAACGGCCCUCUCUGGUGCGAGACAAGUGUUCGCCUCCCGGAGGAUGUGCCAGCGGGCAAGACCUAUACUCUGUACUGGAUCUGGGACUGGCCUAGCACUCUCGGCGACUUCAAGGACGAGUACUACACCAGCUGUCUAGACAUCGAUCUUGUCGACAAGCCAGACCUCAGCCCCGUCGACACAAAGUACGUAAAGAACGGCGGCACCGGCCUGGCCCUCGAGCAACAAGACCCCAACACCAAAGCCGUGUCGGACUACAAGUCACGCACCGCCUCCUCGCCCGUCCCGCGCACUCCCGGCAGUGCCCCAACCGGCAGUGCCCCACUCGUCAAGGAAUCUCUAGCUCCAACCACGCCAGUCUCCUCCGCAGCAGACUCUAUUCCCACCCUCAUCGGCCGUCCCGGUCCCGGCGCCGGCGAUACGAAUGCCACCCCAACACCGGCUCCUGACGCCGACGGCAUGGUCACAGUGACUAUCAAAGAAACCGUCUACGUCACCCAGCCUCCGCCUGUCGCAACACCGUCCACUGCUCCAUUAGGGCAGAGUCCAGACGGUGCUGUCGUUGUACCCGGUCGCAGGCGCGCGUUCUACGCUUAAGCUAAAGCGACAGACGCUGCUGUAGUCAAAUCUUUUCAGUCUCGACAUCUCCAGCAAUGUGACAAUUUCGUUCGUUUUUCGGCGUUUGUGCGCAUCUUCAUUUGGUCAUCGGCAUAGCG